AUGGCGGCCAGGGUGGUGGACCUGCGCGCGGACACGGUCACCAAGCCCACGGAGGCCAUGCGCGCCGCCAUGGCCGCGGCCGACGUCGGCGACGACGUCCGGGACGGGGACCCCACCGUGCGGCGCUUCGAGGCGGAGAUGGCGGCGCUCAUGGGCAAGGAGGCCGCGCUCUUCGUGCCCUCGGGCACCAUGGCCAACCUCGUCUCCGUCCUCACCCACUGCGACGUCCGGGGCAGCGAGGUCAUCCUCGGGGACGACUCGCACAUCCACCUCUACGAGAACGGGGGGAUCGCCACCAUCGGCGGCGUGCACCCCAGGCCCGUCAGGAGCAACCCCGACGGCACCAUGGACAUCGACAGGAUCGUCGCCGCCAUCAGGAGUCCGGAUGGGGUGAUAUAUUACCCGACCACCAGGCUCAUCUGUUUGGAGAACACACAUGUAAAUUCUGGUGGAAGAUGUUUAUCUGUAGAAUAUACGGACAAGGUUGGCGAAAUUGCCAGGAGUCGUGGCCUGAAGCUCCAUCUUGAUGGAGCUCGCAUUUUUAACGCUUCCGUGGCACUUGGAGUUCCUGUAGACAGACUUGUGAAAGCUGCUGAUUCAGUUUCGGUAUGCCUAUCUAAAGGUUUAGGUGCACCUGUUGGAUCAGUUAUCGUUGGUUCAAAGGCCUUCAUUGACAAGGCCAAAUUUCUUAGGAAGACCCUAGGUGGUGGAAUGAGGCAGGUUGGAGUUCUGUGUGCUGCUGCCCAUGUUGCCGUUCGUGACACUGUGGGAAAGCUUGCGGAUGACCACAGAAGGGCUAAAUCUUUGGCAGAGGGACUGAAUAAGAUUGAACAGUUUACAGUGGAUUCAGCUUCAGUCGAGACCAACAUGGUGUUCUUUGAUAUUGUGGAUUCACGCAUAUCAUCGUACAAGCUGUGCCAAAUCCUGGAAAAGCGCAACGUGCUUGCAAAUCCGAGGAGUUUAAAAAGUGUCAGGGUAGUCCUCCAUUACCAUAUUUCGGAUAGCGAUGUUCAAUAUGCACUGACAUGUUUUGAGAAAGCUGUUGAAGAGCUGCUGAUGGGCGAUACUGAAUCCGAGCAUUUGGCAGAUGGUGCAACCAAAAACUCGUAUGGGUACUAG